GCAUGUUGUCCAAUUUGUGUUUUGUGUUUAUUUGUUUUGCAACCAUAAGUUUUCGAAAUCGUUUUAAAAAAAAAACUGCGAAAAUAAUGUAAAAAUGGCAAUGUCAUUGACAUCAAACGAUGGAAGUCCAAUUUUGUUCAGAAACUGUGAGUCAAUAUUGCGUCAAAAUUUCUGUGGAAUGUUUUAUAAAGCAGAAUUAACCGAUGCAACAUUGCUAUGUGAAAAUAAACCGAUUCGCGUACAUAAAUUCAUGUUGUCUGCGUGCAGUUUGUUUUUUAAACGAAUUUUUAUGGUGUGCCAAGGGGAUGGUUGUCUAGUCAUACAAAAUAUCAAAUAUGUUGAUUUGGAGAACAUCCUGCAUUAUAUAUAUUAUGGUCAAAUCGCCGUGCAUCGCAAUAAUCUAAAUGGAUUUCUCGACGCUGCCCAAAAACUAUUAGUUCCGAUCAAUAAUGCGACUUCGCCGUAUGGAUCGUCAAUCGAAGAAAGACAGUCGAGCCCAUAUGGUAUGGAUACAGAUCGUGAUAUUGCUGGAUCCACAUUUGAAAGUAACUGCCAAGACAAAAAUGAAACGGAUGGAAUCGUCGUGAUCAGCCAGGAGGAAUUCUUCGAAAGAAUGUUUGAAGCUCGAAAUCUGCCAUGGCCUUUUGAUUGCAGUGCAAACAAUCGAACAGAAGCAUUGCAAACAAUCGAACAAGAAUUCGAAUCAAAAUUCAAUGCCCAAAACUUAAUCGAAACUAUAAGUUACCAACCGAAGGAUGAUUAUGCGGCCCUGUUUGAAAUCUCUUUUUAAAAAACCAUAAGAAUAUAACAUUACCAAAAAUUGAAGUAGAUGUGAAAGAUGUAAAACAACUGAUAAAAAAAACUUGUGCAUUAUUUAGUUAAAACU